ACGUUGUUAUCCGUACCACCAGCCUUGUCUAUCUCUAUAUAUAACAUUCAAACACCCUUCCCCAAAAACAACAUCAUCCAAGCUGCACAAAUUAAUAUCCAACACUCUCAAGCUUUCCACUUUCAAACUCUGCCCGCUCAAUUUGCUUUAUCUUUCCGAGAUUUAUAUACACUUUUAUUGAAACUGUUGGGAUUCAAGUCUGAAACAAAAUCUUAAGAAGUUUGCGGCAGCUGAUGCCAUCAUCUUUUAGUAUGGAUUCGCAACAGCUCUUCAGUUUCGAAUUACCUUACAUGUCAUCUUUACCCACCGUUCCAUCGCUUCUUGGAUCCUUGAAAUAUGACACAGGAAACUCACCUAAUUCACCCUUCUCCACUUAUUUUGAUUCUGACACUCUUUCGGCAUUGAGUGACGGCCAGGAGCAAUACAGCCCUGGAGAAAUCCUCUCUGGUGUCAGCCCCUCUUGUAACUCUUCUCUGGAAACCAACCAUUAUAUGUAUAGAUCAGUCUCCACUUUGGACAGUUUCCCAUUAUAUUCUGAUAGGAACUCUCUUCUACAGACUAUGAGUUCUAAUCAGAAAAUCCAACAUGCUUUGCUGGAGCUAGAAACUGCUCUGAUGGCACCUGAUGACGAUCAAGUUAACACACCGAAUACAUUGGCCGAGAGCAGCAGGCCAAUGGCAUCAGGCCAGAGAUCCAGGUCCUGGAGCAAUGAGAACCAUGUGUCACAAUAUACUCAAACUCAGCCAUCAUAUGCAACUGCCAAUAUGCAGUCAAGUGAAGUUGUGCACGUAGAGAAACGGCAAAAGUUGAUGGAAGAAGCAACGCUACAAGAUUUCCCACCAAACAAUUUGAAGCAGUUGCUGAUUGCAUGUGCCAAAGCCCUGUCUGAAAACAACACGAAAGAUUUUGAUCAAUUGGUAGGAAAGGCUAAAGAUGCUGUGUCCAUCAAUGGGGAGCCAAUCCAGCGGCUUGGUGCUUACAUGGUAGAAGGGCUUGUUGCAAGGAUGCAAGCAUCGGGGAAUAGCAUCUAUCAUGCCCUCAGGUGCAGAGAGCCUGAAGGUGAAGAGUUACUCACUUACAUGCAACUGUUGUUCGAAAUCUGCCCCUACUUAAAAUUUGGUUACAUGGCUGCCAAUGGAGCCAUUGCGCAAGCAUGCAGAAACGAGGAUCACAUACACAUCAUAGACUUCCAAAUUGCUCAGGGAACUCAAUGGAUGACUCUUCUUCAAGCCCUUGCUGCAAGACCUGGUGGUGCUCCCCAUGUUCGGAUCACAGGGAUUGAUGAUCCUGUUUCCAAAUAUGCCCGUGGCGACGGACUAGAAGUUGUUGGGAAAAGGUUGGCCUUGAUGUCUGAGAAAUUUGGCAUCCCAGUUGAGUUUCAUGGAGUUCCUGUUUUUGCUCCAAAUGUGACAAGGGAAAUGCUUGAUAUCAGGCCAGGAGAGGCCUUGGCUGUGAAUUUUCCCUUGCAACUCCAUCACACAGCUGAUGAGAGUGUUCAUGUGAGCAACCCAAGGGAUGGACUUCUGAGAUUGGUAAGGUCACUUUCUCCCAAGGUGACCACACUGGUGGAGCAGGAAUCAAACACAAACACAACCCCUUUCUUCAACAGGUUCAUUGAAACCUUGGAUUACUACUUGGCAAUCUUUGAGUCCAUUGAUGUCACCCUCCCAAGAGAUAGCAAGGAGAGGAUUAAUGUGGAGCAACAUUGUCUGGCCAGGGAUAUUGUGAAUAUCAUUGCUUGUGAAGGCAAGGAAAGGGUUGAGAGACAUGAACUGUUCGGCAAGUGGAAGUCGAGGUUAACGAUGGCCGGCUUCCGUCAGUGUCCUUUGAGUUCUUAUGUGAAUUCUGUCAUAAGAAGCCUUUUGAUGUGCUAUUCAGAACACUAUACACUGGUGGAGAAGGAUGGAGCCAUGUUGUUGGGGUGGAAGGACAGAAAUUUGAUAUCAGCUUCAGCAUGGCAUUGCUAAAAACAUAGAUAGUAGGAAAUACUGUGUAGUGGUAAUAGAAAUACCAUGAUGAUGGGAAGCCAAAUGGUAUUUGGGAGGGUUUAACAUGUAGCUGAUUAAGGUUUAUGUUCAUUGCCAUUGCUCUCAUCUCAUGUACUGGUAGUAUAUUGAUUCUUUUAUAAAAUGUCAUUUAUGUUAAC